AUGGUCGCGAAUCUCUUGUCUGUAAAUGUAGACAUUGCCGACCAACUCCCACCAUUAGCGCACGCGGACGAAGCGUACAACUGGCAGUUCCUGCCCAACACUUUUACGACGUCGAGCGGCGAUUUGACCUAUUCUGCGGAUGGCCUACCGAAUUGGGCGAAAUUUGACCGCAAAACGGGACGUAUCACCGGGAAACCGUCUAAGCAAAUUCGGAGCGACGAGAUGCGUCAUGUUCGCAUCACUGCGAAAGACGGACAAGGGGAUUCGUCCGUGUCCUCGUUCGACUUUGUCACUGUCAAGGCGCCGGCGCCGAAACUGAAUACAUCGCUCCAGGACCAGCUGCCUGCAGCGGCAAGCAUGGGAAAUGGCAACAUGUUGCCCAAUAAAGUGCUGCAUCUUCCUCUGGGAUGGUCCUUUAGCAUUGGCUUUGACGGCGGCACAUUCUACUUGCCCGAGGACGACCGUGUAUAUUACUCCACCUACCUGAAGGGCGCACAGCCCUUGCCAGACUGGCUCGUGUUCAAUGAGCAAGAAAUGACAUACUCGGGUAUCGCCCCGACCAAUCCAGGGCCAGAUGGCGAGUACUUCAAUGUGGAAUUGUUUGGCUCGAACCGCGCGAAUUCAGGCGGCCCCAUGACCAACUUUACCAUAUAUGUUGCUGGCCGUAUCAUUACGGUAAACGAGACGACGUUCCCUCCUCCUCUGAACCUCACCGAAGGUGAACAGUUCACGUUUAAUCUGGAGCAGGUAAACUCGUCGCUUUUGUUCGACGGCAAGCAUCCCGAGACAGGCGCAUUCGAUGUUACGUUAGGCAAGGGCGCUCCGAGCUGGGUGCACUAUGACGAGGCUACGUUAAACCUGUCUGGCAAGCCGCAAGCGAAUAUCAAGAACACGAAGCUUACCAAGACGACAAUUCCACUACAGGCAACACACGAAGGCGCCGUUCCGCGCGAACUGGACUUUCCAGCCAACAUUUUCCCCAACGCGUUCGCGAACCAGACCAUUCCCGAUGUCUCCGUUGCACCCGGCAAAAACUUUUCACUCACAUUGGAUCAGUACCUGCGUGACCCUCAAGUUGAAAUGAAUGUCACAUUUGGGACGCAGCUGAGCCGCCGCGCUUUUGGAGUUCAUUCGCACCGAGGGCACAGAUUUCUGCGCCGCGCGAUGCCCAUAUGGAUGAAAUACGAUGCGGAAACAAAGCAGCUUUACGGUCUUGCACCAGGCAAUGAGAUGGAUAUGCGCAUCGAUAUGUCUGCAGCCAAUCCUGUGCCAAAUGCGCCUGUUCCACACUCGCUUGCUUCCUUUGUUAUGAAGGUUAGCAAGCACGAAAAACCGACCACACAGCCAAGCCCGCGCGUCCACCACAAGGAUGGCAGCAAUGGACUGUCGGGAGGCGAGAAAGGUGCGAUUGCUGGCUCGAUUGUGGGCGCAGCAGUACUGGCUGCGAUAGCUGGCGCUUUGCUCUACUUUUGCUGCUACAAGCGCAGGAAUCGCAGUCCUGCCGAGGCUGCCGCGGCUGGUACCGCAGGACCCUUGAGCGACACGCCUGGAGAUGCGCAGAACAUGUCUAUGCUGGCCGAGCAGCCAUCGCCGGCACCGCAGCCUAAGCGGCCCUUGUCGGCAAUUACGCCGUUUCAAGGUCCUGGCGAUCUGCCAUACAAUGAUAUGCGUCUCGUGCCUUAUAAUGGCGGUAUGCUGGCAGGUGCAGGCAUCGGCGCCGGAGGCGCAGGUGCUGCUUGGGACGCUGCGAACCAAGGCCCACAGCACGAGCCUGUGCCGACAAUGCAGCCGCAUGCAUGGGAGGCAAUGCCCGUGUAUACUGGCACGGCUAGCCGCAACAACUCGGCUGGCGGCAGCUUUGGCCCACGCUCCAGCAUGUCUUCCCAACAACCGCGUGUCACCGAAAUUGUGCACGGAAGUCCGAAAUGGCAGCGCGCUUCGGAUGAAGUGAACCCUACACCCUUUCUCGGCCAGUCUCAAUUCCUAACACCAGCAUGGGUCCAACAGCCAACAGGCCCUCGCCCGCCGCCGGUAUCGGCAAAGCCUGUACCACGCAAGGACGAAACAAGCCAUGCCAAACUGCACCGUACUUUGAACGACUUCAAAUACUCGACUCAGCCGAUGAUUCCCGAGCAGCCCAAAGAAGAAAAUGUGGGCGCGAAGAAUUCCAAGUAUGCCCACAGCCGCAGCUUUGUGGACUUGUUUAGUGGGCUUACUGCCGCUGCAGGGCUUGGUGCGUUUGCAAAGAGCAAGGGUGCAGCGCCGGCGCAGGAUAUAGGGGAGGAAAAUAAGCUUCCUGUGAAGCCAGUUGCAUCGGAGCCAAUUGCAGAAACACAAGAAGCUGAAACACCCAAGCCAGCGCGUUUCCUUUUGCACCUGUUUGGCAAGAAAAAGCAAAACGACGAAGAGGCACAACCGAGGACAGAGUCAGCGACAGAGCCAGUGCCAGAGCCAGAGCCAGAGCCAGCGCCAGCGCCAGUGCCAGAGCCAGCGCCAGAGCCAGCGCCAGUGCCAGAGCCAGUACCAGUGCCAGAGCCAGUACCCAUGGCUGAAGAAGCGUUAAAAGGAAUGCCAGCAUCCAAGAGUAUUCGUGCAAGCUGGGAAGAGAGCCUUUGGUAUGGCGAGCGACCUAGUGAAGUGGUCAGCAAGCGUGCCAGUGCAGAGCCACGACUCCGCCACAUUCCCGGCUCAGUUGCCGACGCCGAGCCUGUCUUGCCUGCAGAAAAGGCAUCUGAGCUCCCCGAGGUGCCAGUGCCUGUUUUCGGCAUGUACAUGGCCCAGGGCGAGCCAGUUAUGACACCUGCAGACAAUUCUGACCCAGAGUCAUUGCAGGAGCCUGCCCAAGGACCCGUCUUGGAUCCCGAACCCGAGCUAGAGGCGCGCAUCUCUGCCGACGAGGUACCAUACAAAGAGGUGCCUAUAUCCGAGUCGCCAUUACCCAAAGCAGCCGAGCCGAUCGCGAUGACCUCAUUUCACGACGAAGGACCCGCUGAUACUCAUCUUGCGCCUGCGAUGGACUGGUCGUUUUCGAUGCGUGUCGCCGAGGUAAAAGAGGAUAUUGAGCAGCAUCCCAAGGCAGAGGCCUUGCUGGAAGCGCCUCUUAGCGCUGCACAGGACGACGCGGCGCCCGAGGCAGACGAAAAAGCGAUGCCUGUUCAACCGCCUUGCGCCGCCUUGCCAGAAAAGCAUAUCAGCGAUACUCGCCCAGCUGUACGGACCGAGUUAGAGGAGGAGGCGUUGAUGCAAAGCAAAUCUACGAAACGCCGCUCUACGCAGCGCUCUCGUCCCCAAAGCAUGGCCGAGGCGCGCGUGGAGCAGUCCGCUGCGGCGCAAGCACCCAAAGAGCCAGUGGCUUCUGCACCGAUGCCAGAGAUCGAGACGGAGGAACCUAGUGUGGAUAUGCCGCCUGCGCCUUUGGCACCAGAGCCUAGUGGCCCAAGCUUUAUCCGCCCGCCCCAUAUGGAAGUACCGACAAAGCGCGCAAGUACUGGCGUGUACCACACGGACGAUGCCCUGGUCGGCACUUCGCCACUCAGUGCAGCAGCUGCACUUUCGCCGCUGUUUGCCAAACCUUCUUUGCCUUCUCCGGAGUGGACGCGCGUCGCGGAGGACAUGCCAGAAGAUGCUGGCAAGAGUCCCUUGUUUAGCGGUGAUCCCGGCGAAUGGGAGCCGAGUGGCCGCGAAGCACUGCAGUUCGAAGCGCCGUCGCCUGUAGCGCCAGACGCCGAAUUGGAGCUGCUCGCAGGGUGGCAGCCAGACGCGAUCUUUUCGCCUGUACUCUCGGAGAGCACAGACUCGCCGCAUCCACGCAGCAAGACACUCCCCGACCUUGCCGCGGUGCGACGCUUGAGCGCGUUGAAGCAGACCUCGGUGCUUCCCCCUCAGAUUUCUCCGUUUGCAGAUAAGGCCAUGUUUGACCCAAUCAGUGCUACGGAAGCUCCACAAAUCGGUCCUUUGCCCGGUACAGGCACCAUCUCGCCGUUCAUGUCGAACGGAAUUGAGAAGCUUGCAUUGGGCGCGCAAAAGGGAGGCGUACGAAGCCGCAUGGGUAUACAGCACGCCGCUAUGCGUGCUCCAGAAAAGCCACGCGCAGAAAAUGAGCCGCAGCUAUCACCAGGCAUGUUCGAUGAUGCCGACGACGAUCUCGCAUUCGAUCCGUUUGCGUUUGAAGAAUACCCCUACGGCACCAUCAUUGGCCAGGCACCGCCGCCGGCAACAGCUGCACAGUCAACCAGAAUGCUUUCUCAGGCGCCUUCUUUGUUACAGGAAUUGGAUGAAUUCAGCAUCACCGAGGGUGCGCUGGCACUCGAGAUUGGGUACGACGACCAGUCUCCCAAGGUUGCCGCGACCGUCUCUGCGCCGCUGCACACAAGGCCGCGCCCAGUGCAACCAAAGCGAACGGUCAAGGCGCCGUUCGCGAAACCAACGUCGCCCAAGAAGGUGCCGCGUGCCAAGCCAGCGUCGCCGAAAAAGGUGCGCAUCGCGUCUGAAGCGACAAUUCCCAAGUCUGCGACAAUGACAUCGAUUGAAAUGGCUCAAACGCGCUUCGUUACCUUUACACCAGCAAAGCCACCGCGCCUGCAGCUUGCUAGCUGUCGGACAUGCGAGUCUGUGAUGCUGCCCAUCAUGGGCUCGCAAGCUUCGUUCCCCAAGGAGCUCUUGGAGGAGGCACAGUCCAAGGCUGGUCCUGCGGCGCACUACUCCCCCUUGCUGUUUGCGCCUUCGCGUCCAGACCUGCACAACACAUGGCCUGAAUGGAUGCAUUGGCUUGUGUGGGAUGAGGCGGGGCAGCUACUUUCGGGUGUUGCGCCAUCGGAGCUUGUUGAGCAGCAAGGCUCGCCCAUGCAAAUCCCUAUUCAUAUUGUACUGCAAGGCGAGACAGAAGCAUCCAACUUGCUUGUUGCGCGCAUUUUGCUCACCAUUCUGCCAGAGGCCAAGGCCGAAGAGCCAGUGCGCAGUGCGAUUGCCAAGUAA